GCCGUCCGGCCACCCUUUUCGUGGCCAUACCAUACCCUUCUCUCGGGUUACUGGCGGACGGGCAAGAGCUCAAUGGGGAAGUUGCACGAAGCGUGCGUGUGUGGCCUCCACCUGCUGUUCCUUGGGUUUGAAAUCCAGCGUCGCCUUUUUCACACGCCGGGACCGACCGGAUGGAUCCCCCCCGUACGAUGGAGGAUGAUAGCGAAGGCGGAGGCUCCGCGCCAGUCAGCAGUAGCAGCAGCAGCAGCAGAGCCAGACGUGGGAGGGGCAGGGGUCUGACCUUCAUCAACGCCGCCCACCCGGCCGACGCGCUCAGCCGGCAUGCGCUCAGCAGCAUCCGCGCGCACGUCGCCAGAGACGCGCACGCGCGGGGCAGGCGGGGGCGCACGCGCGCGGCGGUCCUGCGGGCCGAGCCCGGCAAGAGCGGGCGGCCCUCACCGCCGCCGUCUGGUGGUAGGGCGCAGCAGGCCUCUGGGCCGCCGUCGGAAUAUGGCGCCGAGGCAAGUGGUGCUGCUGCUGCGGCGGCAGGGGCGGGUGGUGUCGAGCAGGAGGAACCUGGCGCUGGCUUGGCCCCUUUGGCGGCGGCGGAAGAGCUUGCUGCUGCUGCUGCUUCUGCGUCCGCCACAUGGAGAGAGGCCGAGGUGGUCCAGAGUCUCGCAGCGCUGAAUACUCGUCUGGACGACGUGGCCUGGAGCUGGGAUCCGUUCCGGAGCUUCGCGCGGCCCGUCAGCGACACGGAGGCUUUCCUGAUCGACCACUACGUCAACUACGCCAUCAGGUACGACCGGGUCUGCUGCCAGAAUGCCGACCGGGCCCUGCGCGUCGUCCUCCGGAGCGCCUGGGUCCCCUUCGCCCUGUCGGACGAGGGCGCGCUCGCGGCCCUGCUGAUGCAGGCCUGCCGCAGCGUGCUGUGGCUCCUCCCGCGGCGGCGGCGGCGCGCGGCGCAAGGGCCCGAGGCGGCGUCUUGGGCAGGGGCGACGACGACGACGGCACCACCACCCGCCGCGACCCCCGCCGCCGCCGAGGCCUACUACUCGCGCCUGAUGCUCAUAUACAAGGGCCUCUGCAUCCGGUCCGUCAACGUGUCGCUCUCGCGCGAGUGGCCGCACGUGAGCGACGCCACCAUCGCCAAGUCCAUGAUCAUGGGGACCGAAGAGCGGAUCGCGGGGAACAUGGACGGCUGGCUGGCGCACUCGUUUGCCGUCUCGCGCAUGGCGGAGCAGCGCGGCGGCCCCUCGCGCCUCGGCAUCUCGGGCUUCCUGGCGCGCGGUGCCGGCCAUUGCAUCGCAGCGACGCAGGGCCUCUCAGAGCAGCGCGCCAAUCUCUCGAUGCGGCCUAGCCGCGGUUUAAACUGAUUGCUUUCUCUCGAUAACUUUUCUGUCUCUUGGUUCUAUCAUACAACAACACCACCAAAUCUAGUCCCCCCAGUCUCGCCCACUACCAGUCUAGGUGGAAAACCCGCUGAGGCCGAUACACCUCAGUACCCCCCCCAUUCCAUCUCACCGCUGGAACGGCUCGUCGGUCCGCAUAAUGUAAAUCUCGCCCACGAGCACGGAGCAGCCGAUGGCGGUGGCGAUGCCGAUGAUGGGCACGUUGACGCGCAGGAACUCGAGGCGGCGCACGAUGACGCCCUUGGACAGCAAAAUGUCGCGCCACAGCAGGCCGGCCAGGGAGGCGCAAAAGACGGUGCUGAAGGCGCCAAAGUUGACGCCCACGGCCAUGCUGUAGACGGCGCCCCAGAAGGCGCGGUCGCUGACCGUGCGGCCCUCGCUGGCCAGAAUGUCCUGCCACGCCUGGAGGAUGCGGCAGAGGAGGAUGGUGGUGCCGAUGUUGGUGCCGGUGAACUUGUUGGGCGGGGAGUUUAUUGUCAGUCAGGGGAGAGAGAGAGAGAGAGAGAGAGAGAGAGAGAGAGAGAGAG